GAACACGGGAAUAUCCUUGUGAUCCUUGUAUAAUCAGUGCGUGCCUUAAGUAAAUUAGUUUAGUUUGCUCCUAACUUUUGUCGAUUGUGGUCGCGUUAGUCUCUGUUUCAUAAAUGCGGUUCGAAACGAAAAAGCAAAUAUCCUUUUUUUGAUACCAAGAAAGGACAUACCAAAACUUCAAACUGUUGUCACCGAAUUUUGCUUGCUCCGAAACUAGGUCGUGUGGAGUAGGUAUUGUCUAUCCCCAAACAUUAGACAUAUUGUGCGAAGAAGACGUGUUAUUUUUGUGUUUAUUAUUUCCUCGAAAUAAAAAUAAUAACAAAAAUAUCAUGUAAGAAUACACGAUAUAUUUUGUUUAUUACUUAAUCGCAGUUAUUGUCUUUUGCAUGCACGAAAUAAAUAACACUGCCACAGCAAGGAUAACACCAAUCAUAUCGUUGGUUUUUCCUCCUUUGCCGCACUGCGAAUAACACAUUUUGUUUUUAUAAAAAAGGACUUUCAGUCAUCGCGUGACACUUGUAAUUUAGUGUUUUGCAAAAAGUUAGUUAAAAAUAUAAAACCAGUAAUGUGAACUCUCUUUCCUUUAUAUUUGAAUGAUAGAGAGUGACAAGGAUUUGACGGGUAAUAAAUAUUCAAAACCCGAAUGAUAACCUGCAUGAGGCAAGGACUAAUAAUACAAAAACAACAACUAAAUCACGAGAAAAAAUAAAAUAAAAAAGGAUACUCGUUAAGCUUAUCAAGCAAAAAGAAGGAGUCUCCUAUACGGUUGGGCAAAAUUAAUGGUCAACAUCUGUUAACAGUGUCAUUAUGGUCAAUUUCCAUCCUUGGUUUUGACCUUAAGUUCAUAAAAAAAGUAACCCUCGGAAGGUGUAAUCAGUGAAGUGUGUUGCCGAAGAAUAUAGGGACAAACACAGGUACACAAGAAUUUCUACUUACCUGAUCCAAAUUUUUAUUGUUCGACACCCACAAUACAGCAACAAUAACAUGAACAAAAAAGGAUAUCCUUUUUAAUGAAAUUGAGUUGACGUUUCGACAAGAGUUACUUAUCUUUUAUCCUUGUAUUUCUUUUUUGUGUCGAGUGUAAAUUUACUACUUGAAAUCGAGAAAGCACAAAAGAAGUGCGGAAAAAAGUAUCUUGUAUCUUUUGUGGCGCCCUCUUUUGAUCUCUAUUGUCAUUGGGUUUUAGUGAGCAGAAAAAAAAAUAUGACAACAACAACGUCAUGGUAAAGUCAGUGCUGUAAAAGAUAAACAAGUGUAAAUUCUUUCUUUUUUUAUUUUGAAUUUUAUUUCCUAAGUCAUUGAAUGAUUUGAGUAUUUUUUUUUAUUCCUCAUCAACCCCCCAGUCCCUAGGAAAAUAUACUCGUAUUUAUAAACCGCACAUAAAAGUCACUUGUUUUUAUUGCUUUCGAAAACCGCGCGGAAUUUUUUCUAUUGUUUAGUCAGAGAGAGGUGGCUUAUAAUCACUAGAAAGAUAUAUAUGUAAUAGCAACGAGCAUUAUCCUUGAGAGGGAGUAUAAUUUAUUUCGACAAUAUGGGCAAAUAUUUGGUUCCGCGUGUGCACGUGUUUUUUUGAAAAUACAAUAAUGAAUGAUAUGCGGUUAGACGAAUUGUGGUAAAGGAAGUUUGUUUCCUGUUUUUUUUUUAUUUGUCCUUUUAAAUCGAGAGAAAGAAAAAUGACACGAAUAAAACUGAAACGCAAGGAUGUACUUCAUUUGAUGGGUGUCAUCAAUAUUGUUGGAUUGAUACAUUAUGGAUAUUGUGAGCCGAACAAUUCGGAUGAACAGGAUAUGUCACACUUUGAUAUGAAAAAUCAUGAGGAGCUACUGGAAGAUAUCCGAGAAGAUACAUCGGUGAAUACAAUACCUGAAAAGGAUCUACCGAAAUUCGGUGAGCCUUUACAAAAUGUUACAAUCCCUGUGGGACGAGAAGCUAUUCUUCAAUGUGUCGUUGACAAUCUACAGACUUACAAGAUCGCGUGGUUACGUGUGGAUACACAAACCAUUCUAACGAUACAAAAUCACGUAAUCACCAAAAAUCAUCGAAUGAGCAUAACUCACGCUGAGAAACGUGCUUGGGUAUUGAAAAUUCGUGACGUUAAGGAAUCGGACAAGGGAUGGUAUAUGUGUCAGAUAAACACGGAUCCGAUGAAGAGUCAAGUUGGUUAUUUAGAUGUUGUUGUUCCACCUGACAUCCUCGAUUACCCAACGAGUACGGAUAUGGUAAUUCGGGAGGGAAGCAAUGUUACAUUGAAAUGUGCAGCGACAGGAUCUCCAGCUCCAACGAUAACAUGGCGAAGAGAAAGUGGUGAUCCGAUUCCUGUGCCCAAUGGACCAGAUGUUAUCAGCUAUAAUGGAUCGUAUUUAACAAUUCCAAAAGUAAAUCGACUCAACAUGGGCGCGUAUCUGUGCAUAGCAUCCAAUGGUAUACCACCGACUGUCAGCAAGAGGGUAAUGCUAAUUGUUCACUUUCCACCAAUGAUCUGGAUUCAGAAUCAAUUAGUUGGAGCUGCCAUUGGUCAGAAUAUCACAUUGGAAUGUCAGUCGGAAGCAUACCCAAAGUCCAUUAACUACUGGAUGAAGAAUGACACUAUAAUUGUACCAGGUGACCGCUUUGUGCAAGAAACCCUAGAGAAUGGUUACAAGAUAACAAUGCGAUUGACGGUGAAUGAUGUUGACAUUAAGGACUUUGGUUCUUAUCGUUGUGUGGCUAAGAAUUCACUUGGGGAUACAGAUGGAGCAAUUAAAUUAUAUCAUCAACGUUACAACAAAGUGCAUCGGACAAAAUCAAAAGCAGACCUUUCUCCAUCAUCACUGAAUAAUGUUUAUGUUGGAGCAACUUCAAGCUUAUGGAAUUCUCCAGACCAAAUAAAUAGGGACCAAAGUCCUGAUCACAACAACUACCGCAGUGACGGCUCAAAACCUUCACCUAAACAUGAUGCUGAUUCUCUGACAGAUGAUAGUUCAUCAGUAAUAUCUUCAAGCACAAAAUGUUCAAUAGGAACAUCCACGAAAAUGUACCUUACCCUUAGUUUAGUUUAUUUUGCUUUAUUGAAUGAGUUUCAUGUGUAGCAAAUAUUUGCUCAUUUUAAUAUACAAGUAAAUUAAAUUCUGUAAGAAAUAUAAUUCGCAAUAAAUUUUGUAAAAUGGUUACAUAAAUAAAUAAAACAUUAUCAAAUUAAAGUAUCACAAAAAAGUUAUUGUAUAAAUACAACCAUUUAAUAAAAGAAAACCAUCACGAAGUAAAAAUAAAAAUACAAAAAAAAGUAGUUAUAAAUUUAAGAAACACAAAAAAACUAUUUUUUAAAUUAAAUAAUAAGACUGCAAGUAUGUAAUGUAUGUUUAUCAUAAUAUGCUUAACGAAAAAUGAAUUAUAUAAUGUUAUAUUAGUUCCUUUGUUCUUCCUUAGUUUAAAAAAUAUUUUUUUAAUCCGUAAUUUUAAAAAUCAAAUAAAAAAAAUUAAUGAAACAUUUGAGGCCACUGGUAAAUACAAAUAUUUGAACAAAAUAUGAGCUUGUUAAACGUAUCCCGUUGAGCGAGAUAGAGAAGAAUAUUAACCGAUAAGAUAUACACAAAUUAUACUAUUAGUUCUAUUGUUAACUGUAACAAACAACAAAACUAUUCAAUUUAUAUACAGGUAAGAUAAAAUAUAUUAAAUUAUAAAGUUAAAGAUGAAAAUAAUCAGAAAAAUAAUUAAAGUAAUUAACUUAAUGUGAGAAAUGACAUGUAAAAUACAAAAUUUAAUAAAGUUGUAAUUUA